AUGUCAGGUUGUGGUAAAUCACAAUGUUGUGGAGGUGGAGGAUGUGGAAAACAACAACAACAACAGCCUGCAACUGCAGCACAAUCACAAGAGGCAUCAACGCCAAAGCCAACUAUACUACCACCUGCUGAUACAUUGAUUGCAAGUGAUUCAGUGGAGAUAAAGUAUGGAGCAACAGAUCAAAUGGUUGCAUUCAAAGGAUGUCCAUCUUCACAACAAUCAGUCGGUGGCGAAUCAGUCUGUCAAAGCUGUCCCGGCAAAGACACAUGUAGUUCACAAUCAGCAAACACUGAUAAGAGAUCAAUUGAUAUAAGAAUGAAAGUUAUAAAGCAUAAGAUAUUUAUAAUGUCUGGAAAGGGAGGUGUUGGAAAGAGUUCAAUUGCUUCUUUGUUGGCAUAUUCAUUGGCGAGUAGAUCAAAGAAGGUGGCGAUAUUGGAUGUUGAUAUAUGUGGACCAUCAAUUCCAAAGUUGAUGGCUGUCGAGGGUCAGUCCAUCGUGAACUCGGAUGCUGGAUGGCUGCCGCUCAAACCCACAAAUGGACACGAUGACAACAUUCGAGUCAUGUCCAUUGGUUCAAUGCUGGCAUCACAAGACGCCAGUGUGGUGUGGCGUGGACCGAGGAAGACCAACAUCAUCAACAGAUUCCUAAAGGAUACGUACUGGGGUCGUCAGGACUUUCUCUUGGUGGACACGCCACCAGGCACCAGCGACGAGCAUCUGUCCAUCGUCACGGCACUGUCCAGUUGCAAGCCGGAUGGUGCAGUCAUUGUAACAUCACCACAGAACCUAUCAGUGGACACUGUCAAACGCGAGAUCACCUUUUGUAAAAAGAUGGGCGUUCCAAUACUUGGCAUCGUUGAGAACCUCAGUGGAUAUGCUUGUCCAUGCUGUGAUGAAGUGACCGAUAUAUUCAGCAGUGAUGGUGGCAUUAAGCUUGCUGCCCAAUUCAACAUACCAUUCCUGGGCAAAGUACCAAUCGAUACUAAUAUUGGACACUGUAUGGAGAAUGGUAAAUGUUUGAUUUGUGAUUGUCCCAACUCAUCUGGUGCCAAGUCAAUACAGUCCAUCACUGACAAGUUGUUGGACAUACUUAGUGGCGGAGCAGGAGUGUCCACGGCAACACCAUCCAACAACACU